CACCUCUUCGUCUCGUCACUAGAAUGAUGAGAUAAAUAAAAAAAAGGCACAAAAAACUCAAAUUCAAACGCCUGACUGUCUUCCAACUUCAGAAACUAAUCGUGAUUUCACCAGGUUGAAGCUUUUCGAGACAUCAUGGCUUCGGCUCCAGCCCAACAACCCACACUGACCGCUGAACAAACCAGAGUGGUGCUGAGUGAAGUGAUCCAGGCCUUUUCGGUGCCAGAGAACGCUGUGCGAAUGGAGGAGGCUCGGGAGAGCGCCUGUAACGACAUGGGGAAGAUGUUGCAGCUCGUGCUUCCUGUGGCCACUCAGAUUCAACAGGAAGUAAUCAAGGCGUAUGGAUUUAACAAUGAAGGAGAAGGCGUCCUUAAAUUUGCCAGACUGGUGAAGAUGUAUGAAACCCAGGACCCAGAAAUAGCAGCCAUGUCUGCAAAGCUGAAGGCUCUCCUCCUGCCACCGUUGUCAACACCACCUAUAGGAGGCGCCAUUCCAGCUUCAUAGGAUUUAUUUUUGACCAGGUCAAAUGCAAGAGUGCUUUCUUUCCAUGCUUUGCUUCUCUGUAUUAUCAUGUAUUUAAGAUCCUGUUUUUGAUUUUAGGUCUAAGUUUUAUACCACUAAUGUUUCUUUUAAAAAAAUAUGGUUAUAUUGAAAGCAUUCUUGCAAAUUCUUGAUUUAUUUUUUGCAUUGUAUUUAUUUGUUACAUAUAACACUAUAACCACUUUAUUCCACUGAAACAUUUACUUUAAUGCCAUCCUUUUUUAUAUAAUGCCAUUUGUUUUUCUGUAAAAAAUAAAUGUUUUCUCUGUAUUUGUGUUAUUUAUACAAAGGGGAUAAAAAGCUGUGAUAGACACUUUAUUAACGCAUUAAAAUCAUAAUCACAUUUUUAAAAAGCCAAGAGGUACCUUUACAUUUCAGACAGUGGUAGGCGUGUUCAUGGUAAAAACCUGAUUUCUAGCAUAAAAAUUGUACUACAUGUCUGAUCCCACUCUGAAUAGAUGAAGACAGUGAUUAGAGAAGAGGUGCAUAAUAAAUAGUUAAGAUAAAGUGACCUAGAUGCCAAUAUAUUCCUCCAAAAAUGCUACAUUGUCAUAGCUAACUUGGUAAUAAAGUGCUCUUUAAAGUAAA